CCCUCCAUCCCAUCCUUAGUCAUCCGGGAGCCUAAGCUGCCUGCCCGGCCCCGUCCCGCCGCUCCCAUGCGGGCUGGGAGCGACACCCGGCAUCCCCCCCUGCAUCCCUCCCUUGCCCUGCAUCCCUCCCUCCCCCUGGUACCCGGGAGCGCGGCCGGGUGAUGCCCCCGCCUCGCUAACGCCGUGGCCCCUUCGCUAAUGAUCUUUCACCCCCCCUCUAUUUUUUUAUAUCUAUUUGAUAUCUAUUUUGUGUAUUUCGAAGCCCCCGGCGGUGGCGGAGGAGGCAUUAAGGCAGCCUGGGAGAUGCUGUAGCCCAUCCCGCUGCUUUGCGGGGGCUUCGGGCGCGGGGGCGAAAGGACGAGCCUGGGAAGCUGGCGUUGAAAGGAUAUCAGCAGCUUUUUAUUAAUGAAGAGCCACUUAUUAUAACCAAUGUGCACGUGAAAUGGAAAGGGAAAAGAUUCCAGAAAAUGACUUCUGUUUCAACCUUGCAAGAUGCUGCAUGAAGUGCAUAAAGAAGUUUAAGUGACUGCUCUACUUCAUCAAAAUGGUGGACACUGAAAACCAGCUCUAUCCUCUUACUCCGUUGGAGGAGGACGAUAUAGGCAGCCCUUUAUCUGGAGAGUUCCUACAAGAUAUGGAGAACAUUCAAGACCUCUCUCAGUCUCUAGGUGAUGAUAGCUCUGGAGCCUUAAGUUUAACAGAGUUCCAGACACUUGGAAAUGGUCCAGGAUCUGAUGGAUCAGUUAUAACAGACACCCUUUCACCAGCGUCCAGUCCUUCAUCCAUUAAUUUUGCCACAGCUCCAGGUAGCAUAGAUGAAUCACGCAGUGGAGCAUUAAAUAUUGAAUGUAGAAUUUGUGGGGAUAAAGCCUCAGGCUACCAUUAUGGAGUACAUGCUUGUGAAGGUUGUAAGGGUUUUUUUAGAAGAACAAUUCGUUUAAAACUCAUCUAUGAUAAAUGUGAUCGCAACUGCAAAAUUCAGAAAAAAAAUCGUAACAAGUGCCAAUACUGUCGUUUUCAGAAGUGCCUGUCAGUUGGAAUGUCACAUAAUGCAAUACGUUUUGGACGAAUGCCGAGGUCUGAGAAGGCCAAGUUGAAAGCAGAAAUUCUAACGGGUGAAAAUUAUGUAGAAGAUUCAGAAAUGGCAGAUCUUAAAUCACUCGCCAAAAGAAUUCAUGACGCUUACCUGAAAAACUUCAAUAUGAACAAGGUUAAAGCCCGAAUCAUCCUUGCAGGGAAAACUAAUAACAAUCCACCAUUUGUUAUACACGAUAUGAAUACCUUGUGUAUGGCAGAGAAGACCCUGGUCGCAAAAUUGGUAGCCAAUGGAAUUCAGAACAAGGAAGCAGAAGUUCGGAUCUUCCACUGCUGCCAGUGUACGUCUGUAGAGACUGUCACAGAACUUACUGAAUUCGCCAAAUCUAUCCCUGGCUUCUCCAAUCUUGACUUGAAUGAUCAAGUGACGCUGUUAAAAUACGGAGUUUAUGAAGCCAUAUUUGCCAUGUUAGCAUCUGUGAUGAACAAAGACGGGAUGCUGGUAGCCUAUGGAAAUGGUUUUAUAACUCGGGAGUUCCUGAAAAGCCUGAGAAAGCCAUUCUGUGAUAUAAUGGAGCCAAAAUUUGAUUUUGCAAUGAAAUUCAAUGCACUGGAAUUGGAUGACAGUGACAUAUCCCUUUUUGUUGCUGCCAUCAUUUGCUGUGGAGAUCGUCCUGGUCUUGUAAAUGUUGGACACAUAGAAAAAAUGCAGGAGAGCAUUGUACAUGUACUGAAACUUCACUUGCAAACCAAUCAUCCUGAUGACAUCUUCCUCUUCCCAAAACUUCUCCAAAAAAUGGCUGACCUCCGGCAACUAGUCACAGAGCAUGCGCAGCUUGUUCAGAUAAUUAAGAAGACUGAAUCUGAUGCACAUUUACACCCUUUACUACAGGAAAUCUACAGGGAUAUGUAUUAAGGGUUUUUAGUAUUUUUUUCCACAAUAUUUAAAGACAAGAGCAAUACUGAUAACAGAUGGGAGCAAAACUGCUUGCACAGUUAUCUGCUGUUCACUCAGUCCAGACCGUGGAAAAUCAAAAAGCUGGGCAACUGGAGUGUUACACUUCUUUUGGUUUGGUAUCUUUUGUCUUCUUUUGAAAGAGUUCUGCAGAAAAAUACUGAUCAUACUGCUCAUGAAGUGUCUUACAAUGGUUCUUUAAUUUGGAAAUUUGAAGAUGGGUGAGGAAUAUGUAUUUGUAUAAUAAAUCAGAAUGUUAAGUAACAGAAAUGAACAAAAUUGUAUUUCCUCUUGGCUAAGUCACUUUAGAAUUAAUAUAACAAGUUCAGCAAAUUCUCUCCAGGUAUAUGCACAAUCAUAAAGAUUAUGCACUUUCAGCUAAUGGUAAUUACUGAGAACCAACUAACACUUUUUCUUGCAGCAGUCCAUCUAGGUGUAUUAAGUACCUGGAUAUUACUGAACAUACAAUACAAAUUUGAAAGACCUUUGAUCGGCUGCUGCUUUACUUCCAUGAAAUGCAGUACAGCUUUCCAUAGUGUUACAUUGGUUUACUUUAGGAUUAGCAUGUUUGAAAGACGGUUCUUUUAUGAAAUGAAAUGUAAUCCGAAGAGUUAGCUAAAAUACAGCAGAGAUGCUCAGGUGCUUCUUGGGAGAGAGGAUGUGAUAAAGUGAUGGAACCCUUUUCAAAUGAAAAUGUCCCUGAGAAAAAUUAUAUCAUGCUAUGUGUAUUUUGGAGAACUUGUCAUAGUUCAAGAUGUGGUUUUGACUUAAAAAUAUUAUUUGGAAUUAGCAAGAAUUUUGGAGAGACUGAAGAAUUUGAUCUUGGCCCAGAAAAAAGAAUUUCAGCUGUGCAGCAUUCUAGUGCAGUGAUAGCUUACUUUGAAGAAAUGACUUUAUAGGAAAGGCACCUUCUUUUUUUACCAGUAUCUUGGCAGUUUGGAGCUGUUUGGACCCGUUUGCUUCUCUGAUGAGUACAUUGUUUUGGUGUUUUCCAGUUAUAUGCUGGGAUAUAUUGCUUUCUGUUUCUUCAUAGGCCUUGUUGAUAUAAUUAUUAGCUAGAUUAUUUCACCAAAUUUUGUCCUUGUUGAUAUAGCCAUAGUGGCUAAAGUGACAAUAUUACCAAGAACAGCAUUCAUAGGUGUCAAUUCUGUAACAAUUAUGAAGGAGAGCAUAGGUGAGAGUAAGUUUAUAUUUUCCUGAAAGCAGACUCUUGAUUUUACACUAGUACUUAGUCCUACUGCAAAAUAAGCCAUAAGGAGACUGCUUGAUACUGCCAUUUUACAGCAUCUUUUAUCGGAGAGAACUACACAGAAGUGCUAUAGUUGCAUGGAAGACACUGUGCUAUUUCUUUUUUUUUUUUACUACAGUAAUUUCACAUUAUUAUUUCCUUAUUUUACUAUUUGUUUCAUAACACAAAGAUCUCAGGAGCCAGUCUUAGCAUUUUCACAGUAGUUCAGCUUUCAGUGGGCCAGGAGGACACUUUGUACUUGUUUUAUUGUAGCAUGUUUGAAGACUUGAGAAUCUUAAGCCGUCACUGCAAGAAUUAAGUGAGAUUUAUAUGGUUAGAACAUCACACUAUGAUUUGUAUUUUAGUCACAACGUUUGUUUUUUCUGCUGGCAUGGCUAGAUACUGGAUAAAUUACAGGUUUAAAAGGAAUUUGGUAUUUAUCCAGGUGUGGUCAUUAGCAGAGGUUUUAGUGUCAGAUGUAUUUAGUGUAACAUAUUAAAGCACAGGCCUCAAAUUUGGUGACCAUCCAGGGCAGGAUAGAAACAAUAAUGCAUGUGCACACAAACUUUCUCCCCUUACUUGUUGCCAGUUGGCAACAGGGAGAACAGGCCUUUCCUUACAGCUUCUUCUAGCACUGCCUUAAGAGAAGAUUGUUUGGUCUUGGCAGAUGAGAGAUGGGUUGUCUUUUGUGUCUUGCAGCAGUACAUAGUCUGUCCUCGGAAAUAACAAGAGAGUUUUAUCAAUGAUGCUGCUUUAUUCUUCCAGUCAAUUGUAUUUUGCUAAGGAAAUGUGGGGUUUAGGUUUAAGACAUUGAGCAUUGAAAUAAUUGAUAUGCAAUUGAUAUUGCUUACUCAAGAAAAUGUCAAAAUACCCAUCAUUCUGUGAUAGCAUACUGAAACUCUUAAUAGCCAACUGCUUUAAUUUUAUCUUCUAAAAUAAAGUAUAAGCUCAUAUUCAGUCAAAGCUCAGAUUUAUGCAGAGGGCAAAUUUCAGAGUUGUGUCCCAUAGUUUGAGUGUACUGAAGUUUCUCAGAAAAAUCAGACACAGUCUGUGUAAACAAAAACUAUUUUUCCUGCUCUUGUUCUCAAAGUGGCUAAAACACUUUACUGAAACUUUUAAAAAACAGUGGUUUAUUCUUAAGUUUUCAGUAAGUUCUCAGCAAAACUGUAAAGAAUUGAAAACAGCAUCAUUCAGAGGAAGGUAUAACAUUUAGCACUGUUAGCAGCUGCUUGUAACAAGUUCCUCUUAUCAGCAUUAGGAAAGUGUGUAAUUUGCAUCUUUCCUAUUCCAGAUCCAUUUUAUUUUGUCAUUGGAAAACCAGCAAGCACUUUUUGACUAGUUCUUUGGACAAUAAAGUUUGUGUCUGUUUUAAAUUAAAUUGCAGACCUUUAAUUAAAAAAAAAAAAAAAAGAGAGAGAGAAAGAAUGCAUCUCUGAAUUACAGGAAUAUAUACAAGAUGUUAACAUAGACUAAAAUUCUAGAUGGAUUCCUUAUCCAUUCCGAUUCAUUCUGGAUUCUGGAUGCCCACAAUGCUGCACCAUGCACAUACCCCCAGCCCCUUCAAAGGGUGACACAGGGCAGACAAUUCACGUCCUGAGUGUUAAUGAGCAAAAGAAGCUCUUAAUUUCUACGCUGCCCUUUUAACAAAGUACCUUCUCUUCUUCAGUAGGUGACUGCAGCAGGCUUUUGCCAAUUAGAUUUUGAAGCGACUCAAUUUGUGCUCAGAUUUUUAAGUUUGGAAUCUGAAGUAGUUUGAGAUAAAUUAUGGAGGAGACUUCAGCAUCUCCACCUUGUAGAGAAGAUAUAGUAUUAUAGAAUAUUCAUUCUAUGGAGGGAAUUAAAGUGAUCAGAUUUUGGGAUUAAAAGUUUAUUAAAUAUUUAAGGCCUUUUUAGGUGUGGUUUUUCUCUGACUCUUACCAAAAUAACUUAUUUUACUGCCAUAGCACUGAGGAACUCUGGUUAGCAACCAGGUGCUCACAGACAGUGUAAGACAAGAGACAACAGAAGGAUAGAGAAAAAUUCUUGGAAACAAUGGUACGACUUAAGUUUUCAACAAACCUAUGACUUAUUCAUUUUGGGGGCUUGUUUUGAGGGAUGGUUUUUAUUUAGUUUUUGGGGUGCCCUAGGUACUUUGACAAAUGAAGGAAAACCACCCCAAAGGUUCUGUGUCAAGCGGUAGGGAAAUCUGAUGUUCAUUUUCAUUUCUUUCUUAAAUAUUUGUCUUUAAAGGCUCGCUGUCUUCAGUGUAACAACACACAACUGCCAUUUUAAAGAAAUCAGUUACUUUGUAUCUUUUUCAGUUUCAGAAUCCCACUUUAAUUUUAAAAAUGCAAAUUGGCAGACAACAGAUAGGAAUGUUUUCCAGCUACAGAAAUGGAAUUUUUCUUUAUAUUUAAAGAAUUUUUUUUAUUUAAUUGCCGUUUCCAUGUGCCUUUGUACUUUGGUUCUAGCCAGCUGCUAGAAAGCCUAAGUGUUGCCAAAGAGCAUAUUUUAUAGAAGUGUAUUUUUGCAUUAUUUCUGGCCCACACAGAUUUAGGAAAUACCAGCAGUUGCACUAAGUCCAUUCUCAUGAGAGAGCAAGCACAAGAUUGCAAAUUAAAGAGCUUAUAAUAAGCAUCUAAACAUUUGUUUGUUUGUUCAAACUGCUAAAACUUGGGGAGAUUUAUCAGUCACAUGAGCUGGGUCACAAAGUAUUCAAUUUUAAUUUCUUCCUUAUUCCUAAUGGAAAGCCUGUGUGACUUUCGCACCAUUUCAGACAAAGCAGUUGAAGAUGACACUGUAGCUGUGCUGUAUCUGAAGAGGAACGAUUUCAGCUCUGUCUCUCCAUAAAAGCAUCCCUCUUAGUAAAAAUUUGCAACUACAUCUAAGAAAUACAUUUGGAGCUGUUUGAUAUUGCUGAAGCAUAAGGUCUUAAAAAACAAUCCUUCCCUGAGAACCUUAAUCCUUUAUUAAAGUGUUGAAAUGUAAAGUGUAGUGUGGUGUCUGCCACUUGCUUGUAUCUCAAGUGCUUUCUUGAUAAUCAGUUGCAUAUAAUUUUUUAUGUAGAUUUAAUCAGUUUUAUUAUCCUUCUUUUACUAGAGAUUUAAAUUAUAUGUGAGUUUGAUCUAAGUUUAUUGAUAUUGCUAUAUAUUGUGGGAUUUAUUUUUAAUUUAAUGUAAUGCCAUUUCUUCAUGUUUCAAUUUGUAAAAUACAAGAAUAUAAUUGCAAGGUAUAAACUUUCACUAAAUUAUGUUACAGAGGUGCUUUAAGAAAAAUAUGUAAAUUAUUUAAUUUAAAUAUUUGUUUCAUACUUUAUCUUGUGAACCCUUUUGUACAGUGAGGAAAGAUUUGCUUUUACAGGGUAAGGAUGAUGGGCCUGAAGUCAAAGAGAAACUGCUAUUUAUUUUCUGUCUGGUCUUUAUUACUGUAUCAUUUGUGAAGAAGUCACAAAUUUUGCAACUUAUCAGUGUUUGGUAUUGACAACUGUAACCACAUUUUAAAAUAUAUUUUCACAUAGAAAAUAGACUUCCUUUUAUUUAAUUGUCAUAAAAGUAAGUCUAGGUGAGGAAGAGCUGUAAUCCCAAAACUGAGUACAUAUUUUUAAUGUUUUAACCGAAGUUCACCAAUAUGAUAGUUUAGAGAACUAUGUUCCUCUUUGCUUUACAGUACAGUAGUUCAUUUUCCUUGAAAGUCUGAAAAGAGAGUAAAGAGGAGCUAUGUUCUUAGUUCUCCAUCACUGGUAUUUGCUGAGGAACUGACUUGUGGCUCACUAGAAAUAAGAAGGUGUAUCCAGGAUUAUUUCCUGCUACCUGCACUGAGGUUGGGCUGCAGUUUUUAUAGAUGUAAAGUAUGAAAUUCGGCAGUGCAAAACAAAAUGUUGAAAUGCCGUUGUUUGCUUAACUAUAGGAGUGUUCCCUUUAUGAUUUUAAGUAGAGAUGACUUCAGAAUCUGUUCAUAGGGAUCCUGUGUCCUGUGAUUCAGAGGUGACAAUCUUUGCCUACAGCAUUCCUGCUAAUGAAUCCUGCUAUAGAAAAAAAGUUACCUUUUUAAAAAUAUACCUUUUAUUUUACUGUAGUCAAAACAUAGCAUCUGGUAGGAACACAGUAUAUUAUAAAUGUUCCAGCAAUGAUUUAUACAUGCUGCAUUGUAUUUGUAACAGGCAAGUCUUUAUUUUCCCCAAAUCACUGCAACUUGAAAUUUUCACAUGAUCAGUGUCACCAUACAGAUUCGUUGCCUACUAAAAUGUUUGUGUCAUAUUUGUAAAAGCUCUACUGGACUUUCUGGUGGUAACCUACAGCUACUUCUCAAUUUCAUAGGCAGCAACGAAAAAAAAACCCUGUAAAAUGUUCUCACUUUACACUGUAAAUACAUGAUACAAAUUAGUUGUUAACUAAACCCAUCCUAGGGCAAGGGCGUUUCCUUUUUCUUUUGUUUUCUCUAACGUGCUUACAGGUUUUUUAAAUAAUUUUCAGCUACUGUAACUGGUUUGGGUUUUUAUUUUCUUGAACUCUUUAUUGUGUUAGAGGAUCUUGUUAGAUUCAUUUGCAAGGAUUUUUCCAAACAGAAUUCCUAUUGCAAGGACCUCAAUUUCAGAUGAGUUGCGUCUGCCCAGGGGAUAGGCUGCACGCACAAAAGAGAUUAAUCUGAUUACAGGCUGGGCCUUAAAUAAGGACUGCAAGCUCAAGCAGAAGGUACUUAAAGAUGUUUUUAAGUAUUUUGGUAUAUUUACUCAGGUUGGACGUGCAGGUACAGUAAUCCCUAUUGUGGAAAAGACACCAGCCUUAUGAUCAAUGCAAGAAGCUUCAGGGCAUUCUUUACACUUGAAAGAAAAUGAAGAGGUGGUAUGAGAAAAUAUUAACCAGCUGAAAUAUUGGCAACAUUCAAGUACUGCAUUCUACUCCUACUGUGUAGGAGUGCUGUAUAAUCAUUCAAACUCUGUUUGUGAUGUGCGACAGGAAUUGUAAGAAGGUUAACAAAUCUUCUGGUGGAUGAUUCAUAUGCGAAUAACCACGCAGAGUGCUGGUCCAAGUCCACACUUGGUUACCUCUGGCUCAUUCAGAUACUCUAGGUCUAUUUUGCCACACAGCAGCGUAGGGUUGCCUUCGUGGACACACAGUGCCUUUGCCCUCCUGGUCCUAGAAGUUUUUCACGGUGCCAGGUAUCCAUGGGCACUCACCAGCAGUGCCCUUCAGCAGAGGGUUCCUGAGCAGACGGCUCCUGUUCUUCUGCCGGUGGCAUCUUGCACAGGUAGCGCAAGGGCACUGCUUCUCAUCGUGUCAUCCCUCUCCCCUGGGAAAUGAGUCCUGUGGGAUAGGUGGAUAUGUGAUGCCAUGGCUCCAUCUCAGUAGCCACAAAUAGUUUUCCUCUCAUUUCAGAAGUGGAAGAACAUUUAUGGCUUUAGUUGUUUCUUUAGUAAUAACAAAUCUAAUUAAAGUUUUAAUACUACAGAUUUUAACAAGAACACCCUUCAACUGUUUGACAAAGUGGGUUUUACCUGCUUCUCAUUUCAUAUUGCUCCUGCGAUUUCACAGCUUUUAUAAACAAUUGCUCUGAAUUUUCUUUAGGAAUGUGACACAAGGUUUAAUUACAUCAUGAUGUUAAAAUACGUUAUCGUGUCUUAAAUUGUCUAUUAUCUGAUAGAGCACAAAAAGAGCACAUUUUUGUUAACGAUGCCAAACCCUAAUCACUAGAGCUAACAAGCGUUUAAUUAAAUCAAGAUAUCAAUAUUAAAGGAAAAAAAAAUUCCAGAUCAUUGUUUCCAGUCACCUGUGUUUUUAGGAGGUUUUGGGUGUGUUUCAUUACAGUGAAUAUAGAACUUACAAAGACCAGACAUUUCUUGCAGGGAGUAGUCAAACCUAAUUCUCAUGGAAUGCUUGUUUCCUAGUAAAAUGCGACUAAUUCAAGCCAAGUUCCCAAGUUUCUUUCUGUCAGAGCAAUGCAAAUGACAUUUUCAAGAAAGAAUGAAAGCCCUGGUCUCACAGGGAUUUAUAGGAAAGACGAAGUCUCUUGCAUUUGUGAAUGUAAAAAUUACCUACGGCUAAAUAGGAUGAUGGGUUCUCAAAUGUUACCACCCUACUGAUCUAGCAUGAGAAAACUUGAACUAAACAUUUUUCUUCUUUUUUUACACUGAUUUUUUUCUUUUCCGUCUCAUUCAAAAAUAAGAGGUCAAAUUCAUAGUGUUUGUAUAGAGACCAGUAGGAACCUGUGCGCUUUAAAAAAAAAAAAAAGGUCAUCCUUUAAGAUUGAAUGUAAACACACAAUUUGAAAUAUGGUUCUGCCUUAAUGGUUUUUAAAAA